AUGUCCACUCCUGGUAUAGUCGAGAGCAGUGGCCCAAGAGCCAAUCGUUGUCUUCGUUGUACAAACACGACCGGCAGCACCGUAUAUCGCAAGGGACACAUUUGUCCGUACCGGAAGUCACGCACGGUCGUGGAUUCUCAAAGAGCACCAUCGCUGUCGAUGCUAGACGCAGCGGCCCACCGUAUGUCACCUGACGUCACUGAUCCACCACGUAUCGAGCCUCAGCUCGACGUUCCUGCAUUGCCGGGGAGUGGUCUUCCAGUCCCUGUCCGUCCAGGUAUGUUUGGACCUCCGUUGCCGCCCCCGGAUUUCGGUGGCAGUGUUUACGGGCUACCCGCGGACUCGGAUCUCCAUGACUGGCUGUCGAUGGACCUGGUCGUGCUCGAUCCCGCCGUCCAAAACGGUUACAUCGUACCAGAUGUCACUGCAGAGGUCCCUGACUCAACUUCAUACGGGGUCUCUGAGUUUGAUCUUGUGGACUCCGACGAAUUCCUUCAGACGUUACUUUCCUUAGCACAGAACGAACCUAAUCAUCCAAACGUGGAUCCUGUUAAUAAUGAUGUAACAUACCCUAAUGUUAAUAUUCCCGGGCCGACAGACAUGUCUACGCUAACAAUCCAGUAUAAUGCCACUGCGGCAUCUAUUGUACCCACCCUGGCGUCACAAGGUGUCCUACACGGAUCUCAACCUGAGCCAGCCAACAAGUUGCCUGUAGAGGUCUCCGAAGACAGCGCAGUCGCAGCAGGCUCUGAGGAUGAUACCAGCAGCAGUGACGACGAGAUCAGUGGGACAACAGCUCUUAUGGCCUUGAGGAAGCGUAAGAAGAAGACAGAGAAGUACGUAGAGAACAAUCGGAAGCGCGCGAAGACAUGCAGUCAGCGUACAAGUAAUAUCAUGAAGAAGAUUCACAGCCUCGACACGGUUGGACAACCAUUCCAAUUCUACUACUGCUCACGAAUCCGUCUGUACGCAGAACGGUAA